AUGCUUCUCUUAUUCUUGUUCUUGGUGGAACUCAGCAGUGGACAGAGCAAGAGAAUAACUGAAGUCAAUGUGGGAGUUGUAACAGAUGUCGGGACAAUGCAUUCCGACAUUGAGAUGAUCUGCAUUAAUUUGGCUCUAGCCGAUUUCUACUCUUCUCGUCCACAGUUUAAGACUAGGCUUGUUCCUAAUAUAGUGGAUUCCAGAAACGAUGUCGUUGGUGCAGCCAAUGCAGCUAUUAAGUUGAUAAGGAACAAGCAAGUGGUAGCGAUCUUGGGGCCAUGGUCAUCCAUGCAAGCUCAUUUUAUGAUCGAUCUUGGACAAAAAUCUCGGGUACCGAUUGUAUCUUACUCGGCAACAAGCCCGUUUCUUACUUCUCUUCACAGUCCAUACUUCUUUCGUGCUACAUAUGAGGACUCCUAUCAAGUAAACGCCAUAAAAUCUAUCAUUAAGCUGUUUGGGUGGAGAGAAGUCGUGCUUGUUUACAUCGACAACACAUAUGGAGAAGGUAUAAUGCCACAUCUUACUGAUGCAUUACAAGAGAUUAACGUUCGUAUACCAUACCGGUAUGUUAUCUCUCUCAAGGCUACUGAUAAUGAAAUCUCUCUAGAGCUUUCUAAGAUGAUGACCAUGCCCACAAGAGUAUUUAUAGUCCACAUGCCUUCUUCUCUUGCCUCGAGAGUCUUUACUAUAAGUAAGAAGAUUGGUUUAAUGAAACCAGGGUAUGUUUGGAUCCUUACCAGUGGAGUAACUGAUGAUUUAAGUUUGGUAGAUGAGACGGGUAUUGAGGCUAUGGAAGGAGUAUUGGGUGUUAAAACUUAUAUUCGAAAAUCGAAAGACCUCACAAAUUUUAGAGCUCGUUGGAGGAAGAGGUUUCCGGAGAUGGACCUAAAUGUCUAUGGAUUGUGGGCUUAUGAUGCUACCAUCGCAUUGGCGAUAGCCAUUGAAAAAACUGGAACAGAUAACAUGACAUUUAGUAAUGUGGAUCUUGGAAAGAAUGUCUCUGAACUUGAAGCUCUUGGUUUAUCUCAAUACGGUCCAAAACUUCUCCAGGCACUCUCAGGAGUACAGUUCAAAGGACUUGUAGGAGAUUUUUGUUUUAUCGAAGGGCAACUACAACCCCGCGUGUUUGAGAUUAUUAAUGUGAUAGGAAAUGGAGAACGGUCAAUAGGAUUUUGGACGAAAGAAAAUGGUAUUGUGAAGAAAUUAGACGAAGAGACGCAAAGUAUGGGAGCUUUAUUCACUUGGCAAGAUCAUCUUAAACAUAUUAUAUGGCCUGGAGAGGCUAAUUCUGUUCCCAAAGGAUGGGAAAUCCCAACAAACGGAAGGAGGUUACGAAUUGGAGUUCCAAAGAGAACUGGUUAUAUUGAUCUUGUGGAGGUCACCAGGGAUCCUACCACGAAAUUACAAGAAGUCAAAGGGUUUUGUAUAGCUUUCUUCAAGGCUGUGACUCAAGUAAUGCCUUAUGACAUUUCCUAUGAUUUCUUUCCUUUUGAAACACCAAGCGGUAAACCAGCCGGAGACCACAACGAUCUAAUCUACCAAGUCUACCUCGGGAAAUAUGACGCGGUUGUGGGAGAUACGACUAUACUGGCAAAUAGGUCAUCUUAUGUCGACUUCACAUUUCCAUUCAUUAAAUCAGGUGUGGGAUUGAUUGCCCCUGUGGAAGAGCAAGUGAAAAGAGAUAGUAUUAGUUUCUUGAAGCCUUUAACGUGGAAACUCUGGAUGACUUCUUUUUUCUUCUUCUUCCUUAUUGGCUUUACAGUUUGGGUUAUUGAACAUAGAAUUAACCCGGACUUUCGUGGACCAGCUAAGUACCAAGUUAGUACAAUCUUUUGGUUUUCCUUCUCUACCAUGGUCUUUUCUCCAAGAGAAAGAGUGUUUAGUUUUGGAGCUAGGCUUCUGGUUAUCACAUGGUACUUUAUCGUGCUCAUAUUGACUCAAAGUUACACAGCUAGUUUGGCAUCCCUUUUGACAUCACGACAACUUAAUCCAACCAUAACCAGCAUGAGAAGUUUGCUUGAGAAAGGAGACAAUGUGGGAUAUCCAAGGACAUCAUUCAUCUUUGGAAAACUUCAAGAAUCGGGUUUCACUCAAUCCAGCCUCAUACCCUUCGACAGCGCGGAAAAGUGUGACGAGCUUCUAAGGAAAGGACCAGAAAAUGGUGGUGUCUCCGCAGCAUUCAUGGAAGUACCCUACAUGCGACUCUUUCUUGGACAAUACUGCAACGCUUACCAAAUGGUCGAAGAACCUUUUAGCGUUGACGGAUUCGGCUUCGUUUUUCCAAUUGGAUCACCUCUGGUUGCUGAUGUAUCAAGGGCUAUCCUAAAAGUGGCAGAAUCACGUGAAGGAAGAGAGCUUGAGCAGGCAUUGUUCAAAAAUAAAGACAAAACAUGCCGGGAUCCAGUCACAACCCCAGAUCCAAAUCCAUCUACAUCAACCAGGCAGCUUGGUGUAGACAGUUUCUGGCUUUUGUUUGUCAUCGCAUUAGUAAUGUGUAUUUUCACCCUCAGCAAAUUCACUUUCUUUUUCUUAAAGAAUAAAAAGGUUAAUGGUUUAUGGCAAGAUUUUCACAGACCAGAUGGAGAUUCAUACAUCAACAACGUGGAGAAAUGUUCUUGUUUGUCAAACCAACAAACUCCUCAAAACAACAAUCAAGAAACCAACCAAGCAGCUACUGAGAACAACAUUCAAGAACCCAACCAAGAAGAUAAUGGGAACAACACUCAUGAAAACAACCAAGCUGAUAAUGGGGACAACAUUCAAGAAUCAAACCAAGAAGAUAACCGUGACAUAGUCAACUAA